AUGUAUGUGACCUUGUUUUUUCCUCUGCUACAGGAAGAGGUUGACCCAUCACUUCAAGCACUUGAAUCUCACCAGGAGGAGAUUCUAAAACGCUUGUAUGAACUGAAGAGCGCUGUCGAUGGGCUCUCAAAGAUGAUACAAACCCCAGAUGCUGACUUAGAUGUAACUAACAUCAUUCAAACGGAUGAAUGUUCUCCUUUGACAACAAAUGGAGCAGACUUAGAUUUGAUGCUUGGAAAGGAUUAUGGUGCCCUGAAAGAUAUCGUAAUCAAUGCAAAUCCUUCUCUGCCUCCGCUGUCAUUAUUAGUACUACACAGUCUGCUUUGUGAACGCUAUAAAAUAUUAUCAGCUGUUCACACACAUUCAUCGGUGAAAAGCGUGCCAGACCACCUCUUGAAAUGCUUUGGAGAGCAGACUAAGAAGCAGCCACGUCACGAAUAUCAGUUGGGCUUUACUCUUAUUUGGAAGGAUGUUCCAAAACCCCAGAUGAAGUUUAGCAUUCAAACAAUGUGCCCAAUUGAAGGAGAGGGGAACAUCGCUAGAUUUCUCUUUUCCCUGUUUGGCCAGAAGUACAAUGCCGUUACUUCAACUCUGAUCGACAGCUGGGUUGAUACAGCCAUCUUCCAGCUCAAAGAAGGUAGCAGCAAGGAAAAAGGAGCAGUCUUGCGCUCCAUGAAUGCUGCCCUGGGCAAGACAGCGUGGUUGGUGGGAAAUGAACUCACCGUAGCAGACAUUGUUGCGUGGUGUGCGCUUCAGCAGACAGGUAGCGCAAACGCUGCCCCCGCCAAUGUGCAAAAAUGGAUGAAGUCCUGUGAGAACUUGGCACCUUUCAGCUCUGCCAUGAAGCUACUGAAGUAAGCCUCUACUCUCGUAACGGUGCCAUUUUAAUCUUACUCCACCCUAUGCCUGCUGUAGCAGUUUGAGUCCUUUGUGAGAUGUAUUCAACUAGUACAGCUGGAUAGAACUCUAAAAUGAAUAAAAACUUGACAGCUA